GAGCCGCGCUCGCCGGGGGCGGGACGGUGCAGCCGCGGGGGCAGGCGGGGGGCUCUGCUAGCCAGAGGCCUUCGGGUCCGCCGACAUGAAUCCGGUGGUCGUGGUCCACGGCGGCGGAGCCAGCAGCAUCUCCUGCGACCGGAAAGAGCGGGUGCGCCAGGGGAUCGUCAGGGCCGCCACCGUGGGUCACAACAUCCUCAGGGAGGGAGGGAGCGCGGUCGAUGCCGUGGAAGGAGCUGUGACCGCCCUGGAAGAUGAUCCCGAGUUCAACGCGGGUUGUGGCUCUGUCUUGAACAUGAAUGGUGAAGUUGAAAUGGACGCCAGUAUCAUGAAUGGAAAAGACCUGUCUGCAGGAGCAGUGUCCGCAGUCCGAUGUAUAGCAAACCCCAUUAAACUUGCUCGGCUUGUCAUGGAGAAGACACCACAUUGCUUUCUGACUGACCAAGGUGCAGCCAAAUUUGCAGCAGCCAUGGGAAUUCCAGAGGUUCCUGGAGAACGACUGGUAACAGAGAAAAACAAAAAGCGCCUGGAAAAAGAGAAACUUGAGAAAGGUGCUCAGAAAUCAGACUGUCAAAAGAACUUGGGAACCGUGGGUGCUGUUGCCUUGGACUGCAAAGGAAACGUGGCUUACGCAACCUCUACGGGGGGUAUCGUUAAUAAGAUGGCCGGUCGAGUUGGGGACACACCGUGUAUAGGGUCUGGAGGUUAUGCUGACAAUAACAUUGGAGCCAUUUCAACCACAGGGCACGGAGAAAGCAUCCUGAGGGUGAAUCUGGCCAGACUCACUCUCUUCCACAUAGAACAAGGAAAGACAUUAGAAGAGGCUGCUGACCUGUCGUUGGGUUAUAUGAAGUCAAGGCUCAAAGGUUUAGGUGGCCUCAUCUUGAUUAACAAAACAGGAGACUGGGUGGCAAGGUGGACCUCUGCCUCUAUGCCCUGGGCGGCUGCCAAGGACGGCAAGCUGCACUCUGGAAUUGAUCUUGACGAUACCACUGUCACGGACCUGCCCUAAGCGCCUGGAAGACUGUGUUCUAGAUGCUAGCUUGGAGGUAAAGUACAGGUUCCUGGUAUAGAGAUGUAACCUAAUCAAUUAGAUCUAGAAACGGAAAAACUGUGCUGUCUGUCACUCAUUUUGUUGCCUUACUCAGUGAGUAUCUGAAGGUUUGGUUGAGGGUCGGGUUUCAAAGUGGUGAGAGAAAUGCCCGUGUUAAGAUCAGAAUAAGACUAAUGAGGAUGGCAAACUCUAGGGCGCCCUUCUCAUGCACAGCCCCCAUCAUACAAGGUUAGGAAAAAGUGGCAUGAUCCUAACACCACAGAAUCAGGAGACCCGCAGCACGCGGGACUGAAAGAUUGGGAGGGACGUGUCGGUCCAGAGGAAGGGUGGGGGGAAUUCAGAAGGGAGGCAGGAACAGCAGAAGGGCUGACGGGCAAGGUCCCGGUGAACCUCAGAGUUCGUUGUGAGUCACAAGAACAUCGGGUUAAAGAGUGAAAAUCCUUUAAGGGAAACGGUCUUCGUCUGUGAGAGAGUAACCUGAUUCUUCUAAGAAAGUUCAGAUCUUCUCUGACUUACUAAUGUAGACGUGUUUCUAGAGUCUCCCGAACAUGGAGACAAAGGGUCAUAAUGGAGACACUGUGAGAGUUCCUUGAAGUCUGAGGGUUUUCUUGGGUUCACAGAUGACCCCCUCACCUGCUGCUCUCCCACAAGCCAACUCCACCCACCCAGACCCUUCAGUCCUCAAGUCAUGAGUAACAGGGCUUACAACCUUUCCAGCAACAGAGAGGGCCUGAUGUAGAGAUGACACCAGGCCUCCGUGAGGCCUCACACUGUCCAGUGCUUUGGGCCGCCACCCUCCCCCACCCCUGAGCUGGGGGCUGUGCACUGUGGACAGCAUGGGGAAGAGAGUCGUUUCCUUGGUGGAACGUAUUCCUAUUAAACUCUCAGUACACUGGGAACGUGACUUGUACUGUGAUAGAUCUGUCCCGUCUUUUCAGUCCAUCAGGGCUUACCUUCCUCUGGAAAGCAGUUGCUUAACUUUAAAUGUCACAUCCCAUGAAUAAAAUGUAUUUUGAAAGAA